GACAUUUAAACCCCAUACUAAUUUCAAUAUACUAAUCCAAAAAAACCCAAACAAGACACAUCCCAUGCAAAGUUGCAAACCCAACCCAAACACCCUUUUUUUUUAAUUUUCCCUCCUUUUAAAUAAAAUACAAAUAUAAAUAUCAAAAUUAGAACAUUCCCCAGAUAAUGAAUGCCAUUCUAACAACCUCCUCCUUCCCAUUUUCCAUUAACGGCUUUCCCUUUUUAUAUAUUCCCCUUCUCCCUUCCACUCUCACUCUCUUCUUCCAUGGGUUUCUCGCCUCCAUAACCAUCAUUUUUCUACCAUGAAAACAUCAUUCACAUUUCUGUUGUUAUUAUUACUUUCGUUUUUUGCUUCAGUUAAUUGCCGCUAUAUCUCUCCAUCACCGGAAAAUCCACCACCGGGGAACUUCUCCACGUUUAAACCCAGUAUCGCCGUCAUCGUCGGCGUUCUAACGACCCUUUUUUCAAUCACUUUUUUGCUUCUCAUGUACGCAAAGCACUGUAAGCAGAGAGUAGAAUCGUCGGAGCCGCGUUCUUCUUAUUAUUAUAAUAACAGAGGUUUUCCGGUAGCUGGGAGGAAGAAUUCUGGUAUUGACCCGGUGAUUAUUGAGUCAUUGCCGGUUUUCCGGUUUGCUUCAUUGCAAGGGGAAAAGGACGGGUUGGAGUGCGCUGUAUGUUUAAACCGAUUCGAACCGGCGGAGAUUCUCCGACUUUUGCCGAAGUGUAAGCACGCUUUCCACGUUGAGUGUGUUGAUACGUGGCUUGACGCUCACUCUACGUGUCCUCUUUGCCGUUUUCGGGUUGACCCGGAGGAUGUGCUCCUCGUCGACCGGGUCACCCCAAUAGAACCAGACGAAUUGGGAUUACCUGAGUCAACUCACCGGGUUUCAGGUCGUCACUCGUCUGCUGGCGAGAAAGGACGAGCAGCUGGAAAGGGAGCUGCCACCGCUCAAACGACGUCGUCAAGGAGGUCACUAGACGGAUCAAUCUCAGCCGUCGAUCGAAGAAAAGACGGGUUGCUCUUACUGACCGUCGAUAAGGACAGGAGAGUAGAGCACAAGAUUAUAAUCGACCAGGGUGGAGCCCACGAGAGGUGGAGCGACGUACAGCCGUACGAUCUUUUCUACUUGAGGUCAGAGAUGCUGAUGAAUGAGGGCCGUCGAUCAUCGUCGUCAUCAAAGCGGGUGCAAGGAAACUACCAUGGAGCGAAGACGCAGGGGAUGAUUUUUAAUACGGGUGGCAGAAACGUAAUAAAUGAGAGAAGUGUGUCGGAAAUCACGGGGUUAAGCAGGUUUUCCAGCAGAAAUACAGGAAGAGAGAGACAUAACGGGGCUAUUGCCAGGUGGAUGGCCUGGAUUUCUCAAUCUAGGCCAGCUGUACGGUCAGGGACUUGAGAUGUUAAUAUAUUUUCACUAUCUAGAUUUUUAUUUUGUUUUGGGGAGUUAAUAGAUUUUAGUUUGGGCCCACAUAUUAAAUUAUCUCAUUAAUUAAUUAGGGACUAGAGUAAAAUUAAUGAGUUUUUACUUUUUACCCUUUUUAUUGUAGAGGUGAGGGUUAAUUAGGUGGGAAAAUAUAUUUAUGUCUUGGUUUGGCUUUGGUUGUGGACUUGAAGGGGGUGGGGGUGGGGGUGGGGGUGGGGGUGGUGAAAAGAGAUGAAAAAUUUGAUAUAAGGGAAAAUAAUCGAAAAUUAAUCAAUUGUAAUAUUAUUUUUUUAAAAACAAUUUUGAAUUAUCUGUAUUGUGGACAAUGACUUAUAAAAAGUUAGUCCUAGAAAUUUUUUUGGAGGUACGUAAUGAUCAACUUUUACUUCGUAGUUUUUACAUUUAUAUUGUGAGAUUUGAGAGCGUGUUACAAAUAGCAAGUUUUAUAUUGAACAUCUCACUAGGAGAAAUGCUGAUAUUAAUUUUGAGAUUGUGAUAAUCGUACGUUCUUAUUAGAGUUGUAAUAUGGUAUACCAUUGUGUGAUCUAUGGUUUGAAUCAAAAUUUUAGUCGAGUAUUCUAAUUUAAAUGCGUUAUUAUUUACAAAAA